AUCACUUUGAAUUGUGGUUAUAACUAUAACCAGUAUCACUUUGUUUCAUUAUUGAAAACCAUAGUUCACUAUUUUUUGGCGAGACUUUAAUUUAUGGACGAGUGAUUCACCUGCGUUUGGAGUAUUUCAAGGUUAGGGCGCCAACUUCAGUGCUUAAUGCUAACGUGCGAUGGGUUCCCAAGAAAUUUAGUACAAAACGUGAUAAUUUAGCGGCUAUAACAUAUAAAACGGCGAGAAUAUAAUCUGUGGACGAAUCAAUCAGGUAUAAGAUAACAGAUCUCGUAUUUGGGCUCGAAAACCUUUCACCUAUUUGACCAAACAGGUUUAUGGAAUUACAGCUGAUGUCAGUUCGCGAUAAAAACACCAUACAUUAUGCCUAACAGAGACAACUUAUGACAAUAAUCGCGAACUGGAUAAUAAAAGUACCAGUAAUACUGGCUGCAGACAGACACUACAAUAUAUAAAAAAGGUUGAAGAGCCUACAGACUUUUACAUAGGCUUGGUUAUUUGCAUCGUGUCGUUAUCCACAAGUAGCGUUUUGUGUACUCAAAAACGGAAGUGCACAUAAACAAUAUUGAAACUAUGUAGUUAAGGCUGAGAGAGUUUUUGAGACUUUAUCAUGGCUCCGGCGGCCGGCAAUUCUGUAGUCGUAUGGAUGAUUUCCUCUACUGUAUGCAUUACGAUUCAAGAACCUCUGAACCUCUUUUUAACCUUGACAAGUUUUUGAACCACGUAUAAGAAGUGUAUCCAUUAUAAUUCCUUGGUUUUGUAUAAUAUAUUUCCACUACAUACAGUUGCUGACUAGCUAAUAUUCUCAAGGUCACUUAAAUCCGUUCAAAGUCCAUAAGUUAGUCUCCUCGUUCCUUAGUCUUUGGCAUACUGCCAAGGUAUCUUGUUUCAGACCUGACACAAGUCUCGACGCUUCAAGCUAUAAUCUAACUUACUUAGUGUCUCAUGUUUAUUUAACAUACUGAACUAACACAAUUUUAAAGCUCUUUGAAACACAAUGAAAGCUAACUACCUGAAGUAUCUUAUGUGUGGAGUUGUUCAUUAAGUCAUUUAUAGAGUUAGUUAAUGGAAAAUGCACGUAUAAUCUCUUCAAAGUGGUCGUUUUGGCUCUUUUUUACUCCAAUUGAUGGUGAAUCAUGGUGGCGUAUACACAUGUAUGUCGCAUGUUAAUCUUUAUAUAUUAUUAUUAUUUAAACACAUAGAUAUUAGUACAAGGAGGCACCAAAUACAUAUGCGCCACACAAAUCUCAUUCGAUAUGUAUGAGGGCUGUGAUACUGCCGGGGUGCCCAAAACGAAGCGGGUGGUUUUCUUAAGAGGCCACUCCCCGAGCCUUCGACCUGAAGGUCUGAUCCUCAAGGCAGUGGAGUAUCGUAAGGAUAUGCAGCCCCAUGGAAUCUAGUGACCAACGAUCGGUUCAUACGCUAUUUGUUCCCGCAGGAUACUAGGGCCCAUGUGCACCAUUGAUUUGGUUUGGGAUCCGGUUAAACCACCGGACAUUCACUUUUCGUCCCCCGCCACGAGAAAGCAAUAAGUAGGACUUCCCUGGCGGAGGCUGUAUACACGUGGCCAUGUGAGAGCAUUUCGAGAGGGAGAGCGGACUCUCCCUACUCUCGGCCGUACUAGGGCAUUUGGGGGCAAUCUUUAUAUAUAUUCCUACAACCCAACAUGUUAACACGACGGUAUACCAGAAGUAAAAAUACGAGAUUUUAGUAGGAGCUAUAUAUUUCAUACAUGCUUAUCCACAGAUAAACUGUGAUUGUCGACUAAAUAAACGAUGGUUUGGGGUUGGUGACAUACGAGUUCGUUAAUUAAUUCUAUGCCUUACCUUAUUUAGGUAAAACAGAGUAAUUUAGGCUAGUAAGUGGACAACAAACAGAGUAGUUGGUGAACAGGCAUGCCCACAAACAAAGCGCAUAUAGUAACACAUGUAUGGUCAACAAGGGCAUGGAUAACAAAAAUAAGUAUAUAGAAAGUCACGAUUACUUGUAAGAUAUAUAGAAUUAUUAGGAAUGUAAGACGGACUCAAUAGUCACAUGGUGUCAGAUUUAUCAAUAUUUGUCCAACAAUUAGAAUACAUCCAUGUAGGAGAUAUGAAGAGUCACUAUAUCUUUACAUUGUGCUCCACCUCGAAAGUCUUCGUCCCGGAGUUGUUCCAGAAGUAAUUUACUUAGAAAUAGUCACAAAAUUCUCCAAACCCAGAAACUUGGACUAAAAAUACACUUGGUGAGUUUGCAGAUCUACUUCUGAUCAGUAUCUAUAAAUCAUCCUACAAGAACUGAACGUAUUCUCUAUGCUCAUGGUAGCCUGUAAGAAAAUCUAAGAUAUGUUGAGCGUUGGUUAAUUAAUAUGAGGUAAAUGACUUGCUGAACAAGUCAGAACUCGUGGAUGGAACUAGCUCAUGGAGUUAACUAACUAACCCAUAGAGUUAGAGUUUUUGUAGAAUUGAGGUGUAAUUACAAUCAAAUUUAGGAUAAGCAAAAUACAAAGUUUGAAACUAAGAACUGAACUUGUGACCCUUUUAACCAUCACUUACAUUUCAAAGUACUAACUAAAGCAGUUUGACUUUAUUUUAAAUGGUGUUGUGACCUGAUAAACGUCUGAGUAGUUGUCAUUGGAGUCAGAGCUGUUGCUUUAUUACGGAUUUGUAGUAGUUGUGAUCGAUGAUUAACCAGUGAAACUUGGUAUAAAAAAAUAGCAUUUCAUAUACUUGAUCGAAUUCCAUUUUGUAGGAACCACUGAGGCUACCUGAAUACCCAAACCAAAGCACGCUAAUUCGCAUUUGAACCUAUAGACCGCAAAUUGACAGAGGAUUGCUUUGACUAACUACUAUGAUCUUUUAUUAUAAUAUAAUUAGUUGUUUGUUGGCUUCACAGACAAACCAGCUGACAUAUAUUUCAAUGUUUGCUGUUUUACGCCAUUAACAUUAAUUUUGAUUAUGUCACGAAGAGAUUCUGAUAGUCUGGGUAGAAAUGAAGCAACACGCAAUAUUUUAAGGAAUGUUUCACGUCGUAAUAUGAUGAGACCUAUAAAUUCAGUAAUUGAUGGUUCUUUAUCAUUUUUUGGCUUUGAUUCUCGUGAAACUACUAUUGAGGAUUGGAAUGAACGACGGUUGCGGUAUUUAAUAAAACGUUAUGGAAGCAUUAAAGGUGAUCGUUUAACAGUUCUGACUGCCUCUCCAGGUCUAUGCGAUAUAUCGAGAUCGUCGUUAAGACAUCGUCUGGCUUCAAGCUCACAUUCUGUGCCAAUGAAGAUUAUCAAUAGACGAAAAGUCUCUUUUGCUAAUUCUUCUGUCGUGCCACCUAUUGAAUCUCAGAGACCGGUUUAUCUACGUGAAUUGAGCAGUAUCACGACUUUUAGUCUCCCAGUUGCACCUGCUGCAACUUCUGCUCAUAAACCGCACGCAGUGAAAGUUAUCCUAUCAGCUAUGUGGAAUCGCCGAAUGUUACGAACUCGUAAAAAGUUGGAAGGCAAUGAAGUUAAUGACACUGGAUUUGAACGCUUUCAUUCAGCUCCAACUGGUAGAAUAUUUUUACUAGAUACAACAGAUACUCAUUUUAACAAUGAUAAGUGGGUAGCUCUUAAAGAUGCUAAAAAUGAAGAAACACCAUUUCUAGCUGUAUCGUCAACAAUACCAGUCGGUGGUGAAACUAGUGUUAAUACUGUUAAUGAUAAUAGUCAUAAUGAUAUAAUCAGUUAUGAUGCUUCGAUGGAGCAACAUAAAUCAAAUGAUAUUGUCGAUAGUCUUAAUGAUAAUGUUAUUAUUUCCCAAUGUUGUCCGUCAUCAUUUGAUCUACCUGCUACAUAUUCAUUUUUUCAACAUUCCAGUAGUUCUCCCACUCGAGAAAUAAUGAGAGAAAAUCGCCCACGAACAAGUACCACAGUAUCACCGAUAAAUCUUCGUCCUAGUCCGGUAGUAAUUCCAUCUCUUUCAAGGCGUUUAACUGAAAGCUUAUUGACUCCAACACGUUGGGCUUCAGCAAUUAUCUAUCCGCAUAAAGAUAAUUUUACAGAAGAUAUUUUUCGUAAUAAAACAACUGAAUAUAUAGAGUAUAGACCAUAUUUUACAUAUUGGAUAUCAUUUAUUCAUAUAUUGAUUUUUAUUGCUGGUUCAAUCGGUUAUGGAUUUGCACCAAUUGGUUUGGGGAUAACUACACGUAUUGUUGGCAAAGUGUUACUGCCCACAUUGACUAUUGAUCAAGUUUGUUGGAUAGAAUAUGAAAAUUUAUGGAUAGGUCCAAGGCAAACAGAUUUAGUCCGAUUAGGUGCACGUUUUCCGCCAUGUAUGCGAUUCGAUCCAGUACUACAUGAUUCAGUGAUUAAACGUCAAAAGAAAUUUGAUCGUGCUUCGGGAUGUUGUAUUCGUAAUGAUGGUGGUGGUUGUUAUCAGACGCAUAGAGAAGUAUGCUCUCGUACACUAGCUACAUGGCUUCAUUAUGAAACAGUUAGUUUCAGUAAGCCACAAACUAAAGAACUACUUUCGACUAAUAUUGCAGAUCGUGAAAUUGACGUACAUAUAUUGAAGGCUUCCCAUCCUGAAAAUAAUUCUCACAGUCAUAAUAAUAAUAUAUCAAGUAUUAUACAUUCUCUACGUUCAACACGACUUGUUGGUCAAGCUGGACCUGUAUGUGGAUUAGAUCCAGAUUUUUGUGCUCGACCACGUUCUAUUGGAGCAUUUGCUUGGUCCGAGACAGAUGUUACUAAAUGGCCUGUAAAUAUUUGUGAAUUACCUGAUACUGUACCAAAUAUGGGUGGUUAUGCACCACAUAUGGAAUGUCAAGUAACUGGUCAUCCAUGUUGUUUAGGCAUAAAAGGUGAAUGCAUUAUGACUACACAAGAACAUUGUGAUUUUGUUCGAGGCUUUUAUUAUCCAAAUGCUGCAUUAUGUUCACAAGUGAAUUGCUUAAAUCAAAUUUGUGGUAUGUCACCUUUCAUAAAUAAUGAAUACCCAAAUCAAAUGUAUCGAAUAUUCACUUCAUUAUUUCUCCAUGCUGGUGUAUUACAUUUAAUCUUGUCGCUUGGUGUUCAAAUGAUUUUUAUGCGAGACUUGGAAAAAAUGAUUGGUUGGCAUCGUAUCACUUUAGUGUAUAUUUUAUCCGGUUGUAUUGGAAGUCUAACAUCUGGAAUAUUCUUACCAUAUCAAGUAGAAACUGGACCUACAGGUGCACAGUUCGCUUUACUUGGUAUCACUUUAGUUGAUUUUAUACAUUGUUGGAAUUUUUUAGCACAUCCAUGGUAUGCAUUACUAAGAAAUAUUUUACUGGUAUUUAUAUUAUUCACAUUUGGUUUAUUACCAUGGAUUGAUAAUUAUGCAAAUGCUGGUAGUUUUCUAUCUGGUAUUUUAUUAUCAUUUAUUUUAUUACCAUUUCGUGGUUUUAUUUAUCCACCUGUAUCUCUUACUGCAUCCAUAGCUACAUCAGUUAAUCAAAAUAUAUUUGAUAAUAAUUAUUAUAAUACACCUAUCACAUCACCAAGAACACCAUCUAUUCUAUUUAAUUUCAAUUUACCUGAUAUAAAUCGUAAAAGUUGUACAUCAUUACAACAUCAAUCCUCUAUGCAUCCACAAUAUCUUCAACAACUACAAUUACAACAACAAAAUUCUAAAUGUCAUCAUCGUUGUUUUAUUAUUAUAUUAUGUUCUAUUCUAUGGUUAAUAUUAUGUAUUGGCUUAAUUCUUAUGUUUAUAUGGGGUCCAAUUAUUAAUUGUCGAUUUUGUAAUUAUUUUACAUGUUUGCCAUUAACAUCAAAUUUUUGUGAUAAUUUACAAGUUAAUGUAAAACAACGAUCUGAUUGUAUUUUACCAAAUUGGAUUUAACACAAUUCUUUUUGUGUCAGAAUUAUAGUAAUUUCAAUAAUUAUUAUCAUAAGUCAAUUGAAGCUAGAUUAUCAUAGAAAACGUGAAAAUGACCGUCCAAUGCUUCUAGAUUUUCCAUAGUGAUCUAACUUCAAUUGACUCAUGAUUGGAAUUAAUUUUCUUAAUGUACAUCUCCAUUAUGCAAUAUUGAUCAAAUACCAUGACGUUUUAACAGAUACAUUAAAGUAAUUCGUUUUCUUUAUAAAUUUUAUUAAAAUAAACUUUUUGAAAACUCAUUUUUUAGGUAUCUCUCCUUCUUUUGUGUGUGUGUGUGUGAAAAGACAUCACUUUUGUUUGUAUUAUUGAAUAUUCAGUUUAUAAAUAUAAAUUUCGCAUAUCACAUUGU